GAGGGGCAGCAGUGUGUGAUAGCAGGGCGGUCUGGGCUAAGCUUUGCUGCGGGGUGCCGGAGAGUGGCGGCGGAGGAGCUGCGGGUCCGGUUUCUGCAGGAACGCGAGUGUGUCUGUGCUUGUGGGCGAACGAAACAAACAGAAGUCGUGGGACUUCUCCCUUGGAGUGCCUGUGCCGAGAAUCCGAUGUUGGGCUCGGCUCCCUGGCUGAAUACAGCGGAUCAGCCCAUGAACACUUCUGUCCCGAGCCAAAGGAAGGAGUCCAGCAAAAGGCAGCACCUCCGCUUUCAGGCUUGGAAGCAAGAAAGGGGGCAAGGCUUGGAGAGUGGGGAAUCAGGGAAGACAACUGAAAGGUGACAUUUAAGUUGAAGAUGGGUGGUGGAGAAAGAUUCAACAUUCCAGUUCCCCAAUCUAGAAAUCCCACCAAGAGCCAUCAACAACUUAAAAACAGGCAGAAGAAUAAAGACCAGAAUUCGCAGAUGAAGACCUAUAUGAAGAAAGAAAGAGGGCAUGGAUGCAACUCCUCGGCUGGUGCAUGGCAGGCCAUGCAGAAAGGGGGAAAGAACAAUGUUCAUUUCCCCAAGAAUCAGAAGUGGAGCCCGAAUUUGUCGAAUCACAACCUGUUCUUCACACCUCAACCCAACCAGAACUACGCCGGAGCAAAAUUCAGCGAGCCGCCCUCGCCCAGUGUCCUUCCCAAGCCACCCAGCCACUGGGUACCUGUUUCUUUUAAACCUUCAGAUAAAGAAAUGAUGACAUUUCAGCUUAAAACAUUACUUAAGGUCCAGGCUUGAGAUGUAAGUUUCACAUUUGUAAAGUUAUUUAAAUUGACAGGAUUUAAAAGUUGAGAAUUGUUAGUCCUCAUUUUAGAUGUGCAGAACCAAAUGUUCCUGCUGCAUACAGUUAGCCACUUGGACAAAAGGGGUUGAAGUUUACAUUCCCCUCAUGUUUUACCUCAAGUUGUGUGCUGUGUUCACUGUGAAAUAGGAAUUUUCUCUAUAGUCAAUCUAAUCAAAUCUGCACAGUCACCAUUUCUUGUAUUUAUUGUGAGAGUAAAUGGGACUGUCUCCCCCAGUUGGCAUUGUGACUACUUUUUGGUAUGACAGAAAACCAGCUUUUGCCUAACUUAAUUGCAGCAUUAAGUGGAAAAAAAAAUUGCACUGAAAGCUUUAGUCAGGUAAUUUGCUGCUUUUCAAACUUGCAUAGAACUUGCUAGGGAAAUAAAGCCUCUGCCAAGGCACCGGGGCAAACACAGACCGGGCUCUUGUUUGCACUGGUGAGCCUUGUUUGGCCUUCUGGAAUUAGCAAAGAAGUGUUUCAAGCCUGUGACUAAAACCGAGGGGGCUCUGGUGCGUGUUGGUGAAGAGCCAAGCAGAACACAUCAACAAGGAAUUGCUUCCCCCACUGAGCAGAAGAGGAAUCUGCACUGGAACCCCAGCAAAUGACCCUGCAGUGCCGCGUGACUGCCUGAAACCUAAACCCUGUUGUGUUCCCACUGCACCGAGGGGUUCCCAAACACCUGUUGGAUCAGUUUUACAUCUGAGAACGGUGGAGUAGUUACUUAGACCGGUCUUAAAUGUGUGACCCUGUAACAUAGCAGUUGCAGCAGCUCCUGGCAGCAUUGACAUGUGCCAUAGGGAAGACAGAGCCAUGUAAAUACAUGUAAAACUUUGUAGCAUAUGUAAAUUCCUGCUGGGCUUUCCUGCACAGAAUAUUUUUAGUACAAAACUGCUGAAUGUAAGAUGGCCACAGGGUGUACGUGGCCUGAGGUAAAAGAUAUUUUGUUUAAAAAAGAAAAAAAAAAGGGAAAAAAAAAAAGAAAAAUCCAAAACCUUUGUGGCUGUGCCCUCGCACUUGACAUGCAGUGAAAAUGCAUGAGCUCCUUUUUAAAGUAAAUCAGUGCAAAAAAGGCUUAUUUAGAUUUUUUU